GCGCAGAGUCACUCGGUCUCUUAUCUCGCCUGUUGUUAGAUCGCACUCGUGCAUUUACCUGUCUCUCCCCUGUUUUUUUUUUUUUUUUCUUUUCCCCUUUCUCUCCGCGGAUACACGUUUAAAGUAAAAAAACAAAAAAACAACGUUUAUGGUCCUGGCUGAAGAUUUCACCAUGUCUCGCACAGACGAGGUUCACCGUUUGACGGAAAAUGUCUACAAGACCAUUAUGGAGCAGUUCAAUCCCUGCUUACGGAACUUUGUUGCCAUGGGGAAGAACUAUGAGAAGGCCCUUGCCAAUGUGACAUUUGCUGCCAAAGGCUACUUUGAUGCUCUGGUCAGAAUGGGUGAACUGGCCAGUGAGAGUCAAGGAUCCAAAGACUUGGGGGAUGUGCUGUUCCAGAUGGCAGAGGUCCACAGACAGAUCCAAGUGCAGCUAGAGGAGAUGCUGAAAUCCUUCCACAAUGAGCUCCUGUCCGAGCUCGAGAAGAAGGUGGACCUGGAUGCUCGUUAUUUGACUGCUGCCCUGAAGAAAUACCAGAUGGAACACAAGAGCAAAGGGGAGAGUCUGGAGAAGUGCCAAGCUGAACUAAAGAAGCUGCGCAGAAAGAGCCAGGGCAGCAAGAACCCCUCCAAGUAUGGAGAAAAAGAGAUACAGUAUGUGGAGACAAUCAGCAGCAAGCAGACUGAGUUGGACACCUUCAUUGCUGAUGGAUACAAGACGGCCUUGUCUGAGGAGCGCCGCAGGUACUGCUUCCUAGUCGACCGUCAGUGUGCUGUGGCUAAGAACAGCAGCGCCUACCAUGGCAAGGGUAAAGACCUUCUGACCCAGAAGAUCCCAGUGUGGCAACAGGCCUGUUCAGACCCAAACAAGCUGCCGGAGAGGGCCAUGCUCCUGGCCCAGCAGAUGGGCUCUGCUGCCCUUGGGGGUGCAAGUCCUCUGCAUACCUCCAAAUCCAAUCUGGUCAUUUCAGACCCCAUUCCUGGGGCACAGCCACUUCCUGUGCCCCCAGAGUUGGCUGUCUUUAUGAGUGGUGGCCUUGGACACCCAGCAAGACUGAUGGGUCCCGAUGGCAUGUCCAUGGUCAAUGGGACAACAGGAGUCCAAGGAGAGGAAUACUGGGCAGACGAAGCAGCAAUGUCUAUUUCCCAAGUUAGGCCUUCAUCUCCUUCAACCCAGGCACAGGUACAGUCCCAGGUCCAGCCCCAGAGACAGGUCAGCGACGUCUACUCCAAUACCCUACCUGUCCGCAGGCCUGCCCCCGCCAAGAAUAAAAACCCAGUGGGAGAGACACGAACCCUGCCUAGAUCCAGUUCGAUGGCGGCAGGACUGGAAAAGAACGGGCGCUCCCGUGUCCAGGCCAUCUUUUCCCACGCUGCAGGUGAUAACAGCACCCUGCUUAGUUUCUCCGAGGGAGAUGUCAUCACCCUGCUAGUGCCUGAAGCGCGUGAUGGCUGGCACUAUGGGGAGAAUGAGAAAAACAAGAUGCGUGGCUGGUUCCCGUUCUCCUACACACGCGUGCUUCCUGACAGUGACAGUGAGAAGCUCAAAGUGAACCUGCACCAUGGGAAAAGUAGCAGUACAGGGAACUUGUUGGAGAAUGAUGCAUCAGUGCCCACACCGGACUACGGCCUGACUGCCCGACUGCUGGCACAAAGCCUAGCACAGCCCCGCCCACGCCCCUACAGCAUGGCAGGCUUUGGCACACAGCCUGCUAUUGAGGAUUAUGAUGGUCGCUUUGCCACAAGUGACCGUUCCCUGGAGGUCUACCUCCGGCCUUCCUUCUCUGAUGACCGAGCUGCACCCAUCUUCUACUAGCGGCCUGCUGCCCCCUUUUUACCCUCGCAGGCCUUUCCUUUUUAAAAAGCAAGAGAUAAUGGCCAACACUGGCAGGUUUCAGUUGUAUAACGUUAUCGCAAGAGGGCCCAGUGGCUGUGGAAAUUCACUUAAAGAAUUUCCCAUCAAUGUUUUUUGCGAAUGCUUUCACGAAACAUUGAAUGUUUUAGUCAGAACAGUGUGACAGUUAGAUUUAAUUAUUUAGAUCAUACCAAUUGUGAAUAAGGUAUUGCUAAUAAGUUUUACUAGUGAUGCCAAUACAUUAAUAUUUAUCUGUACUUCUGUUAUGCUAUUUUUUUGGUUUCUGCAACACUUUACACUGUAACUUUCACUGGAAGAUUAUUUGAAUUAAGUAUCAGUGAAGGGGCACACUGCAAUAGUUGCUUACGUGAGAACUGAGAAAACGAGAAAAAGAUGGUUGUAAACAGUUUACCACGCAUUGCUGUAAUGUGAACUGAGUAAUUUGAAUUCUCAGACUGAUGGUUCAACCCUGACAGGCGAUGAGUAAACUAUAAUUUUGCUUUUGUUAGGUAAUAAUAUAGAAUUAUAUAUUGACUAGUUGUGAUACAGUAUACCCAGAUUUUCAAUGUGGGAACUGUGCCUUCUAGGUGUUCUUUUUUUUGUUUGUUUUUUCUUUAUAUGCAUAUGGCGAUAUCCCUUUUGUUCUGUAAAGUGGUUUGAGGGAAUAUGCAUCGCAGUUCUAUUUGUAUUUUUAUAUUACUGAAAACGUUGAUGGGAUUAUUUCACUUUCUUUGGCUUGAGCAAGCUUUCGUACUGUGCAGGCGCAAUUCCACAGGUAUAACACGGGAAUAAACUGCUACUCUUUCCUUAUGUUCAAAUUUCAGUAAUAUCUAAGCUGCCAGAUUGCCAGGAAAUGAAAUGCAGUGCAUACAGGAGGGGGUUUUAUAUAUAUAUAAAAAUACAUAUAUAUAUUCAGCUUUGAGGGGGUGGUAGCUUAUCAGAUAAGGUACAGUAUUAUCAUAGCUUUGAUCAUUUGUUCUCAGUAUUUUACAGUACACUCACCUGGGACACAAGAUUAGAGGCAUGUUUUUCUUUUUUACAAUAUGAUGUACUGGGUUAGUGCUGAAAGUGUGGUUGAAAAGUAAGAAUGUGUUGUGUGAAUGAGCUGAAAUGCCUCUUAGUCUCCAGGAAAUAAACUGUUACAUCACAAAAACGUUCUUUUGUGGAUGAGUCGUUUCCACUGAGAAUUACGGUCAUGCUUUUACUACAUAGCUCAUUUAAGAAUCAAGUUUCAAAUGCAUUUUUUUAACUUUUAUAUAGCCCUCACCUCGUCCAUGUCUUUCUGUUUGUAUUAUAUCUGUACUGUGCAGACCAUGCAUGUAAAUUAACUUGUCCAAAAUAAAUCCAUAUGUGC